CCCGAAUUUUCCACUCAGUACAGAAAUUUCAGCGUAGCCCGAGCGUGCGCCAUUCUUCCUUCUACUUUCGGUAAGCACAUCAGAUACGCCAACAUGAAUAGAUGCCCCUUCACACAGGAAAGCAGUCACCGCACGCCUCCUAGCAAGCACACCCCGACACGCUACCAAAAUGAUUCCAGCCAAUGCUUCACUACGAUUGCAGAGAUACCUACUUUCCUUGGAAUCCAACGUCCCCACAAGCUCGUGCUAUGCCUCCGCAUAUCUCGAGGUGAAGCUCAGAGAAGACUCCCAGGCAAAACGACUUUCGGAGACCGUCUCGCGUGCCAACCAACGUUUGUCCCGCAACGUGCAACGUCUACGAGAAGGCUACUACGACACCAGCGUCCUCCCCUUCUCCAUGGACCCGUGUUACCCGCUCCAAUUGGACCUCCCGUACGAACUCCUCUCACACGCGACACCCUCAACCAGCUGCAGCUACACUAGCGGCGGAGAUACAGAUGUCACAGAAGCAAUAUACAGCAAGUACUUCAAAGGAAGACCCAUCUCACCUGCUAAUCUUGACUGCCAAGGGUGGUGGCCCACUGAGUUCAAGUACAUCGGUACCAAAGUACAAACAAGCGAUUUUCACGUGUCGCUCUUACCUCUAAUCAGGUUCAACUCAGACACGGAUAUUGCACGUUUCCGAAAGCUCUUCGAGCAGGUUGUAGAAAGAAUAAAUCCAGCCAAUGCCAAAGUCCCCGUCAAGUUUCAAACAGCCGACGGCGGUGCCCCCGUCCUGGAAAUUCUCCCGAAACACGACUACAACAAACUCUUUCUUGCCAUGUGUAUCAGCAGAAAUGACAAAGCCAACUCGAUGCUCAACGAGAUACAGAUCGCCCUUGCACAAGCCCGUCUCACAAAUACCGUGUGUCCGGGACACGUGACUGGCGAGCUGGACAAUAACAGCGUGGUGGACUGGGCGCAGAGCUUGCUACACAUGAGCGUUGGCGUCUGCAACCGGGGCGAAGCAUGUUCGGGUUUUGGGCAGAACGAGCUCUUCUACAUGAACAAGAUGCUCUUACCAGCCGAUGCUGGCGAAGACAGCCUUAUCCUCCAAGCGACACCGGAUCAGGACGCCGAGGGCCGAAUCGUCUUCGUGUGGAGCGGCCAGAAACUGGUGUACUGAUGUG